CCGCGUGCGCCUCACCCAUCCGCAUCUCGCGCGCUCACCUGCUCUGGGACUUUAUCAAACGCACCUUUUGAUUUCUCACAGGGGUCUCGUGUAGUGUACCUCCUGCUGUCUACACACCAGCUGAUAUGGAUUACUGACUUCUUCACUGUCUGUCGGAGGUGCGGCUUUUUUUUUUUUGCACCGCUUUUCGAAGUUGUUCAACAUCCAGGGCGGUCUGGACGGCCCGCCCUGCGCUCAGGAGGGGAUUAGAGAGGAGAUACCCGCUACUCGGAAUGAACAUAUAAUACUUUUGGGUCAGAGCAGCACAAAGGGGAGAAAAAAUUGAGAAAGGAGAUGAAGACACGUCACCCUGGUCCUCUUCAGCGGAACGAUGGACGGAAAGAAAGCAGAGCGGGACUGUAACUGGCACCUUUAUGGAGCCCUGAUACACAGGGUGGAGUGCAGGUAAAUGGAGGUGCAGGACAGGAGCCGCUCCCCGUCCCGCAGGACCAGCAGGGUCGAGCAGGUAGUUGGACGAUGGCUGAGACGGUCCCGAGACUUAGGCAGCAGAUCUCACUCUCUGAGCAGAGACAGGGUUGCAGUAGAUGGGAAGACAACAGAGUCCGGUGGCUCCGACCAGAGGAAUUACCCCUUCCGCUUCAAUGUUCAGAUCCAGCGGGACCCAAACCUCAACUCUCAUGGCCUCACUCUGUCCCCCCAGACUCCCAUCCUGGUGCAGGAGGUCACCCCAGGUGGUCCUGCAGAUGGCCGGCUCGUCCCUGGCGACCAGCUUGUGAAGAUCAAUAACGUCGCUGUCGAUGACCUGACCCCGGAGCAAGCUGCUGAAAUAAUCAGGGAGUGUCAAGAAACGUUGACAAUGACUGUCCUCAGAACAAUGUUGGGCCCAAAGUCAUCAUUCAUCACACCAGAGAAGAGGGCAAAGCUCAAAUCCAACCCUGUGAAAGUUCACUUUGCUGAGGAGGUGGAGGUCAACGGACACUCUCAGGGCAACUCGCUGCUCUUCCUGCCUAACGUUCUGAAGGUGUAUCUGGAGAACGGGCAGACCAAGGCCUUUAAAUUUGAACCCAGCACCACAGUCAAGGACAUUGUGAUGACACUGAAGGAAAAGCUUUCUCUCAGCCGUAUUGAACAUUUCUCCCUGAUGCUGGAGCAGAGGCACAGUGCCACCAAACUGCUGCUCCUACACGAUGAAGAGAGGAUACACCAGGUGGUCCAGAAGAAAGAGGCCCAUGACUUCAGAUGUCUGUUCCGUAUUUGUUUCAUGCCCAAAAACCUCCAGACUCUGCUGCAGGUGGAUCCCACUGCCUUCGAGUACCUCUACCUGCAGGGGGUGAAUGAUGUGCUGCAGGAGCGUUUUGCUGUAGAGAUGAGGUGUAACACCGCCCUGCGACUCGCUGCGCUGCACAUCCAGGAGAGGUUGGCGAGCUGUGGACAGUCACCAAAGACCAACCUGAAGACAAUAACGAAGACUUGGGGCAUAGAGAACUUUGUGUCUUCCACAUUGUUGAGGAACAUGCGAGAGAAAGAUCUGAGGAAGGCCAUUGCCUACCACAUGAAGAAGAGCCAAUCACAGCACGAUCCCAAGCAGAAGGGCCUGCCAGCCGAUCAGGCGCGGAUAAACUAUCUGGAGGAGCUGAGCGACCUCAAGUCAUUUGGAGGGAAAUCCUUCAGUGCCACCAUGAUGCUCCAGGACAGGGAGUCCAUGGUGACCCUGUUGGUGGGGGCACGCUACGGGGUGAGUCAGGUGGUCAACCACAAACUGAGCAUCUUGUCCACCCUCACAGAGUUCACCAGCAUCACACGCAUCGAGCUGCUGCCUGAAUCAGACAAGGUCAGCCUGGUCAAAAUAUACCUGCAGGACAUCAAGCCCAUCACAUUACUGCUGGAGUCAGUGGCAGCCAAAGAUAUGUCCUGCCUAAUAGCAGGGUACUGUCGAGUGUUUGUUGACCCCAACCUCAACAUCUUUCCCUGGAUAGAUGUCUCCAAGAAACACAGAGUGUCUGCUGAGGAAGGUUACGUGUCACGGUGUGGCAGUGACUCAGACAACUCAGACCUGGACAUGGAGCCACUGGUCUCCCAAGUGUCUCACAAUGAGAAGCCUUGCCCACGUGUCAGAUCCUCAUCAGACCCAGAGGGAAGAAAAUGGAAAGACAGAGACAGAAGGAGACACAAAGAUGGCAAAGAAAAGGGAGAUAAACCAUGGGCGGAUAAAAAACAAAAGAAAGAAAAGGAAGCUAACACAGAAAAGGAAAGGUCUCUACCAGAUAAGAAUAAAGAGCACAAGAAUGAGGACAGAGAGCACAAAGAGGAGACAGUGAGAGCACGGGGCGGUGGACAAAUACAAAUCGAGAUAGCAAACAAUGACUCUGGGGAACAACGGGAAAAAGCGGGGACACAAAAAGAGGCACAAGAACGCAAGAUGGGAGGUGGAGAAGAGGUGCAAGCAGCGGAGGAGCAGCCGUCUGUAUCAGAAGCAUCAGAUUCAUGUCAUUCUGACUCGCGUGUCCUCACCAGCCCCUCCAGCGACUCUCUCGAUGCCCUGGAGGAAGAUGACUUGAUUUCGUGUUCGUCUUCCUCCAUCCAUCCCAAUGCUCCCACACAAACUCAUGGCCACAUCGACUCCCCCCUACAGCUUCAUCCUUACUCUCAUAGGCACGCUCAGACCCACCUCCUCGCUCCUCCACCUGCUCACUCCCAUCCCCUUAUUCACUUCUCAACUCACGACGUAGGAGAAGGGGACUGCAGGAGGUCAGGCGAUGGCGCUGAUCCCCAACUCCUCGGACCCGUCUCAACCUCAGCAAACAUUCACCACGUCAAAAAACAUUUAAGCACUUCCUGCUCUGAUGACAGCUCCCUGUGUUUCGCUGAGCUCUCCCGGCUUGUGGACUUCCUGCCGAGCCCCCCAGAGGCCAGUGACGAUGAUGAAGACGAAGAAGAGGAACUGAGGAGAAGGAGAAGGAAGAUGUUGAAAGAGAUGGAUGAGUCAGUGAGAAGAGCAGGAGAAGGAGGAAGCAUAAGUGGGGAGGGUAGUUUUAAAGAACAUUCACUUUCCUCUUCGUCGUGCUCCUCCCACAUGGAGUUUGUGUUUAACUUUGACCACAGCAACACAAGCUCCUACUACAAACUCUGCUCCAACAUCACCCCAGACAGCGCUUGCAGCUUUCCCCGCCUCCUGAAUCAUAAUGAGGGAGAAGAGGGCGAUAAAGUGGAGGGAGAUCAGGUAGAACUGGAGCCGAUCCCCAUCCUCCAGCCACCACCCGGCUUUGGAGACAGCAGCUCUGAUGAAGAGUUCUUUGAUGCCAGAGAUCGCUUCACCUCACCUGAAGACCCGACUUCGGGGGCUGUGCCUAGAGAUAUUUGCAGAGAGAUGAAAGUGGACUUCCUAAGCACUCUUAGCCUCAGUGACAUCAGAGUCUCUGUGUCAGAUGCAGACAAAGAUGGGAAUCCAGAAGAGGAUGGAAAAGGAGAAGAGGAAGGAGGAGGCAGAGAAACGUUGUACCAGCUCAGAAAAAGAUCCCGUAAGCGGCGUUCCUUCAUGGAAACUGAUUACACAUCUAGGGUGUCAUAUCCAGAACCAGAUCCACAACCUCAGCAUGAUCCAGUCUCCAACAGGCUUCAUAAAAACCUUUUGGCUGAAAUCAGUGAUGCCCAGAUGCUGAGUUCUGACCCUGAACCCUCAGAGCAAACUCAGAAUCCCAGUCCCACUGUCUCCUCCCUCACUCACUCUGAAGGGGAACCAGCCCAGCUCGAAUCAAAACCCAUCCUGUCCAAACCCCGCCCCCACAGUCCAGGUUUUCCUUCUGGUUUUGUGUCUCACGAGCAGAUGAAAGACCCACAGGCCUCCUCCAGGACCAGGAAGCAAGAAAUGGAAAUGGAACCUGAUGCAAUGGAAUCCAAAUCAGUCAUAGACCUCUUGAAGGCAGCGUCUCCUACCAUCACUGUCGUCCGGUGCCGAGUGGAUCCAGAUGGGAAGGAGAGUGCUGAUCGGAGGGGUGAUGGAAAGGAGGAAGGGGAGGGACAGGAGGAGAUGGGUGAGGGGAAGUUGGAGAGCGAGGAAGAGGAGGCAUCAGGUGUGUCAGGGAACGGGCCCUUCACUACUCAUAUGUUUUUGCCAGAGAUCCCUGAAGAGGAUGGUAAGGGGGAAGACGCAGGAGAAGAGAGUAAAGGGGGAACGUCAGAGUACUUGCCCAGUUCAAAGAGACCUCUCAUUGGUGCUGAAAGGCAUCCAGAGGCCAACACACUGACUGCAUGUUUGAUAGAUGUGAAUAAAAAAGGUAGUAACGGCCUUCUGGGAGCCCAUCUGAUUGCUCCAGAGCAAAAUUCAUAUGUAGAGGAAUGCAUGCUUGAUGAUGUGAGUGCUGAUUUAAAUCCUCCGUCAUACUCACCGCCACCCCCUCCACCCUCAUCCCCUCUACCUCCAACACCAGUUCAUCACAAAUCCCAAAGUGACUGUUUAGUAAGGGAAGAAGAGGAUGGCACAAACACAGGAAGUUCAAUCAAAAUGUCUAUAUCUAAUUCCGAGGAGAUGCCACUUAGUAAUCAAAAUCACACUAACAAAGCACAAUUACAUUUAGAAAUCACAUCCAGUGUUAAUGAAGACAAAGCCAUCAGUUUUGUAGGUUCUACCAUGACUGCUAGCGAUGAAGUAACCAACAGCACCAAUUCAGACAAUGUUUUUGAUGAUGACGAAAUGAUUAAUUCCCUAAAUUCUAGUUCAAGUGACAUGAAAGCUAUAGACAGAGAUGAUUGGACUAUAGCGAUAAAGCCUAGCAUCAGUGCUAAAUCAGCCACAGCAGAUAAAGGUGAGUCUCAAAUUAGUAUAUGUACGUCUUUUACCAACACUGAAGCUCAUACAAGAACUCAUUCCAUUAAUUCUGAAUAUACUCGAGCUAUAAACUCUAUCACAGCAAAGCUUGGAGCUGCAACAAGUGUCACCUCUCCUACAUUUAAUUCAGGUGCUAAAUUGAAAAGUGAGGUGACACACGAAAUUUCUUCAUGCUCAAAUCAAACUGUGGAUAAACCCAGAAGUGAAUUCACCAUGCCAUGUGCUGAAGCUAAAGGUUUGGUUAGUCCCAGCUUAGCAAAAGCUAGGACAGCCACGAUCCAUGAUCUCUCCAAAGAACCUCCUUCUCCAACUCACUUCCUCUUCCAAUCUUGUUCCCCCGGCAUCAUGGGCCGCUUAUCUGCCUCCACACUUAGGGGGAAGAUUCAAAAGUUGCCCCUUUAUUUAUCGCGCUCCCAAGAAACCCUCAACCAAGCUGGGGUAGGAAAUGUAGCCCAGAGUCCUGCUAAGGACAACAGUAGGGACAACAAAGAGAUCACCAUCAAAGUAACAGACAUUCAUGAUGUCACACAAACGAUAGAUUUUGAAAUGGGCACAAAUGAAGAAUCAGUGGAGUCAGACGAUUCAGAUACAACGGUCACAGGAUCAGAGGUAGAGGGGGAGAUUUUUGUGGAAACAACCUCAGCUAAGAGUUCUCAUUCGGUAUCAGAAGUGAAGGAAGCAGUAGAGAAGGUGUUGGUGGUGGUGGACGAUGACAGCUCAUUGUUUCCCAUCCAGACUGAGCCCAAACCACAACACAGAAAUCAAGUUUUCUACAGUGGACCUAACAAGAACACACCAGGACCAAUAACAGAGCCUCCAGCCUCCUUAUUGAGCAGCCUCCAAAGAGAUUCUACAGGCCUGAAUAUGGACACUCCCGGCCCUAUAAAAGAUGCCCCAGCAUCAAAGGUGAAAGUCACAACUCCAAGUGAAGACAUUCCAGUUUAUAAAAUGAGCAAUCCAUCACCCUCCAUCCCCCCUCCGAUAGUGGUGACCACACAGAAUCUAAAUGGGCCAGGACUCCCUUUUCAUAGUCAGACACACAAAGUAAGAAGGAACAGUAGUGACAGGCCUUUAAUGGGUCUUUGUAGACCUACAGAGCAGAACUUAGACUCGCCAAAAAUAUUUUCCUCAGGCUGCAGGGUGUUUACCAUCUGUGAGGACCCUUCCCAGACAAAAACAACGGCCGAGAUGGGGACCGCCCCACCCUUGAAGUCUGAGUUUGGCUGCAGUUCUGUGCUAGCAUCUGGAUGUGAGUCAGUUGUGGAGGGGGUACAGGUGCCACUGGAUGCUUGUGGUUGUCCAGCGGUCUACACCAACUGCUUCAGUGGGGGGGACAGCUUUGAUGAGGAGCUGACAGUUUACGAGUUCUCCUGCCGCACACAGAGCAGCGGUGUGACUCAGACUUCUGGAGCAGGUCUUCCUCUCAUAACUGCCCCUCCUGUUCCCUCCUUCCUCUCCACCUCCGCCACCCACUCUCCCUCCUUUCCACGCUCCAUCCUUUUCUCUUCCUCUACCUCUGAGCUCAGCCCUCUCCUCUCACCACUGUCUGACGCUUCUGACUGUUUCAUGUCUCAAACGCACAAGGACACCAUCAGUCGACUAGGCCAGCAGCACUACCCGGAACCCCCCACAGGUUUCCAAGUGCUCCGUGUAGACGUGGACCAACUCCUCUCCAUCCUGGAGAAUAGUGGUGCUGACCGAUCUGUGGCAGGUUAUGGAGGUCGCCACCCAAGGGACACCUGUCCUGCCCACUUUACAGAGAACAAGCGGGUGCUCCAAAUAGAGGCACGGCGGCUGAUGUCAGGCUGCCAGAAAGUGGUGGGGAUUGGACAGAGCCCAGAGGAAAUGCUUCACUCCCUGGCUGACAGUUUCCGGACCCUGGUGGAGUUGGCCGGGAUAUGCCUCUGGUUCUCUGGUUGUGACAGGUGUGACCGGAGGAACGCUGAGGCAGUUGCAGGUCUGGCAGAUGUGGCUCGGUCAUUCAGGGACUUCUGUCUGGCAGCGGAGCGUGCCAGUAGCAAGCGCAGCUGCCAGGACCUGAGCACCAAGCUGCUAGCCAAACAGUGCACCGCGCUCACCGCCUCUGUCUUCUGCCUCACUCAGCUGUUCCGCACUCUCACUGCACUAUGAGACAACAACCUCUGCAGACUUUGAAAUGACCUUCAAGCAACCUGUGGUGUGUAACCUCAUGGGGUCACUAGUGAGUCCACAGCUGCUGUAGAUGUGGGCAGAGUGUAACUGGGACAGUCGGCAUGUUUAUGUUGGGUAUGUAUGGGCAGCAAAGCUGCGGUGAGGUUACAUGUGAAACACACUAGUGUCACUGAGCUCCAUGAUUGCUCAAAUGAUCACAACAACUUCUUUGAGCAGGUUUGCACUUUUGUGCAGUUUACAGGGCAUAGAUUGGUGAGGUGCAUGUGGUUACUGACUGUAUGCUGUGCACGUACUGAAGCCCACAAACCAAACAACCAGACUAUAGAGUGGUGCAAGCUGCAAAAGCAGAACCAGCUUGCAUUCCAGUAUUGAGGAACUGAUGUACUUGAAUGUAUUCUCUAUUACGUUUAUCAAUUCAUUUAUUUAAUUCAUGAGUUACUACAGUGUGUUUAUGAGCAAGCAAGGAAUGUAAAGACAAUGAAGGGAGACAUUUGGAAAUGUUUACAGGCAUAGCUUUAGACACAGGAGUAGAGGUGUAUCAGAGUAGUGGGCCUUUUACACACAUACGCAAGCGCGCGCACACACACACAUACAUAUACAUGGAGUGAAUCAGUCUUUGAUUCAUCCAUUCAUAUGUAGGCCUUUUGUCCGACUGACUGACCAUCUAAAGAUGACUUAACUUCCUUUGAUCUUCUGAUAAAAAGCACUGCAGUUUACUGAUGCUUAUAUACCUUGACAUUUGCCAGGCUGUCAGUGAGGAGUUCUUUGAAUGUUACUGUUUACAAAACCAAAAACAAGAGUGAGAAAUGAUUUAUCAAAUCACAUGUAUCAAGCCUAAAGCUGUGUUUGCCAUUUUAUAAAUCUAGUAGCAGAAUGCUGAUGUAUGCGCAUUAUAUGACUUUAUAAAACAACAGUUAAGGUUUGGGUGAGGCACAGUCUUUUGCACAUUCAGUUUGUUGUCAUUUAGUAUAAUUUAUGGAAGUGUAAUACAUUUGCUAGCUUUUCUCUCAUUGGUUUGUCAGCACUUGCUUUCUCCACCUGCAGGUGAAACACUGAGCCCUCCAGUGCAUGAGUAUGAUGCUGUCAACCACUGAUCUUUUCCAUACAUUAAUUUAUUUUUUCUAUUUAGUGCUAACAAAUAUCCACUGAGAUCAUGAAUCUCUGUUCUAUAGGAGGCCUGAUGAAGCCAUUUCCCAAAGAUACAUACAGUGUGUUAUAUAGUUUGAUGAUAAUUUUAAGAGUCUUAAGUUACAUUCUGCAACAUUCUGCAAGCUUUUUAACAUCAUAAAAACCUGCAUAUCUGUGUCUGAACUACGGGGACCUUCAGCAGGAAGGACUUUUUGCUGACUUAGACUACACUGUCCCUUACACUAAGUGCAUUAAUACUACAGAUGCUCCAGUAUGGCCACAAAUACUAGUAAACCGGUGACUAAAUAUGGGCACAAAUAGCCCAAGCAGUGCAGAAAUACAGAAUGCAGCACAGUCAACUAUCCGUAUGUGCUUUUUUGUCCUUUGAUUGACACACUGUAUGGAAGG